GAUGCACCGUGCUUUGUGGGGUUUCUGCCCAAUCAUUUGGAUUAUCUUUGUCUAUAAAUGAAGAAAAUUUUGGCCAAAUUAGCCCAAGGAGAGCUAGAAGACGCAAGCAACUCGCACAGUAACACCGGCAAUUCUGCUACACACGGCGCCUCGUUUAUCGGUCGCCAUUUUAAAAUUGGCCAUUUUUCACUGGCGGUAGACGAUGUGAUCGCUGAGGGGGGCUUUGGAACUGUGUUCCGCGUACGAUCUCGCCAAGGUCAAUUUUACGCGCUUAAACGGACCUGUGUGAAUUACGAGCACGACUUGAAUGUCUGCAAGCGCGAAAUUACCAUUGUGAGUUCUUUAUCGCACAAGAAUAUUCUGCGUUACAUCGAUUCCAGAAUCAACCGGCUGGAAGACGGAAUUUUCGAAGUGUUGCUUCUGACUGCAUAUUAUCCGGGGAGCCUUUCACUUUUGCUCAAUGAACGACACCAAUGUCAACAGCGUUUGACCGAAGUCGAAGUAAUGCGUGUUUUCUGCGAUGUAUGCGAAGCUGUUUGUCGUCUGCACCAUUGCAAAACCCCUGUGAUUCAUCGUGACUUGAAGGUGGAAAAUGUUCUCAUAGAUAGCCGACAGAAUUUUGUCUUGUGCGAUUUCGGAAGUGCCACUUCUCGCGUUCUUCAUCCCGGGGUUCAUGGCUUGUUACGAUGUCAAGAAGAGAUUGAUCGGUACACCACACUGGCGUAUCGCGCACCGGAAAUGGUCAACUUGCACAGCUCCAUUCCCCUCGGACUCCAGAUUGAUAUUUGGGCGCUGGGUUGUCUGCUGUAUUUUCUCUGUUUUACUACAUUACCUUUUGGAGAGAGUUCCUUGGCCAUCCAAUCGGGCAAUUACAGCAUUCCGGAUUCGUCUCCCUAUUCGGAUCGACUACACAAGCUCAUCGGUUAUCUUCUCUGUGUAGAUGCCACAAAGCGGCCUGAUAUAUUUCAAACGUGCGCACUGGCUUUUUCUAUUACUGGUCGACCGAAUCCCGCACAAAACCUGGACAAUAUGCCAGUUCCGCAUUGGCAAGAUCUUACGCUGCCCUCGCGCGAGUCCCAGCUAAAGGUUUUGCGCCAUCGACCUUCGGCUGCCCAGCCGUUACCUCAUUCACCAGCAUGCUCAUCAUCACCAUCAUCACAAGCUGCCGUCCCAGAGGAUCGACUGCCUUCUACAGUGGCGAAUACAUCGAUUGCGCCACGACAACGCCCUCGAGCAGCUAGGUCGCAUCUGGGCACUACUGCCAGUUCGCAGUUGGCCAUUCCUGAAGAGCACCCUGUCCCCUUAAAGCCUCCACCGACUGCCGGCCGGAUGCCUUCGCAACAGCAGCUACAGAUAUUGCAGCAGGUGGUUGAGAAUUCGAACCAUCCGUUGUCGCUCUCAACCGAAGCGAACACAAGUGUUAAUGCUGUUACUGGUUGGCAACCAGCGUUCAAGACUGCAAUUCCGGAGACGGAACAGUCCGCUUGGUCAGCUGAUUUUGACCAUGGACCCCCAUUUCGCUCAGUAUCGGUUCCUUCACAUCCUCAGCGUCCACCAUCUGCAAUUAACGCCCUCGGUUCUGGUGCCUCAUUUGUCUUUGACAAAGGUCACCAUCGCACAUGGAGUGCGGAUGUGGAUUAUACCUUUCGAUCGACCCAGACCACGGCUUUCCCCACGUUUUCAUCAAACUGCGAUCCUGAUCAUACAAAUCGG